CAGAAGAAGGGCUCAUUCGCGCACAGCACAGCACAGCACAGCACAGUGUAUCCUUCUUUAUCUUCUUUUUUUUUGUUGAGCAGAGAGAGAGAGAGGAUUAUAGUGCUCGAACAAAGACACCGACGAUGCUGAGCCUCUCCAUUGCUUCGCCGUCGAGCGUCACCUUGCCUCCAAAGCCAAUCCUCUCUGCGAGCUCCAAAUCGACCUUCCAUGGCAUUCGAAUCUCUCACUUGUGCCCCGCUCGCACCGCUCUUUGCGCGCGUUAUGUCCGAAACCCCAGUUCUUCUUCUUCUUCUUUGGUGGUGAUGAUGGCGAAGAGAGAAGAAGAAUUGAAAGAGAUCAGAACCAAAACUACCGAAGCAAUCAACGAAGAGAUUGUUGACCUUAAAGGCGAGCUCUUCAUGCUCCGUCUCCAGAAAUCCGCUCGUAACGAGUUCAAAUCCAGCGAAUUUCGCCGUAUGCGCAAAAGGAUUGCCCGCAUGCUUACUGUGAAGAGGGAGAGAGAGAUUGAAGAAGGAAUUAACAAAAGGUUGUCAAGAAAGCUCGAUCGCCAAUGGAAGAAAAGCAUUGUUGUUAGGCCACCUCCAUCCCUGAAGAAGUUACAAGAGGAAGAGGCAGCUGCAGAAGCCAAGGAAGCAAAGGAAGCCAAGGAGUCUGCAUGAGCUAAACUUCUGUUUUUGAAUGAAAAUGUCUAGCUUUUUUCUUCAUUUCUUCUUUCCCCUUGAUAGCAAGGUUGUAUUGUUUCAAUUGUGGCUUGAUUUUGAAUCAGACCAUAGAGUUAAAUAUAUUUAUCAAUGUUAGCCUGUUGUUGACUCUACCUUUCUUCCAUGUCGUGGGAAAGACGCCCAUGGCCUACUGCCCUGUUAAAUUCCGCACAAUUUAUUUUGUUCGUUUUUUAACCUUAAUGAGGUUCUCCUUCAA